AUGGGGCCGCUGGGGCUGGGGGUAACUUUUGUCACUUUGCCUCUUGUCAUCCGAGCGGCUGCGGGAGGGCAGUGGUGCUACGACUCACAAGACCCGAAGUGCGGCCCCAGCCACUGGAAAGAGCUGCAGGCCACCUGCGGCGGUGACAAGCAGUCUCCAGUUAACAUUGACCGGCGCUGGCUGCAGCGGGACGGCAGCCUUGGGGACAUCAUCUUCGAGGGCUAUGACCAGGCGCCCCCCGGCAAGUGGCGGCUGCUGAACGAUGGGCACACGGUGAUGCUGAGCCUGGAGAGCGAGCCGGGUGCUGAGCACAUUGCCAUCAGUGGGGGGGGCCUCCCGGGCCGGUACCGUGCACUGCAGCUGCACUUCCACUGGGGCAGCCCAUCUAGGAAUGGCUCUGAGCACACUGUGGAUGGGCAUCAGCUCCCCAUGGAGCUGCACAUCGUCCACAUGAACGUCAAGUACCGCACCUUGGGGGAGGCCAAGGGGCACCCAAGCGGGCUGGCUGUGCUGGGCUGCUUCUUCCAGGUCUCAGAAGCCGCGAACUCCAACUACAACACUAUCAUUGGGGGACUGAGGAACAUCUCCCAUGCUGGGCAGGCAGUGGACCUGGCCUCCACCUUCCGCCUUGACACGCUGCUGCCGCACGUCGCACAGCUCUCCCGGUACUACCGCUACCAGGGCUCCCUGACCACCCCUGACUGCAGCGAGGCCGUCAUCUGGACCGUGUUUGAGGAGCCUUUGGGCAUCAGCAGGGAGCAGCUGCAGGCGUUUGUCAGCACCGUUCACUUCCCGGCCUCGGGCGCUGCGCCCCUGAAGAUGACCAACAACUUCCGUCCUCCACAACCUCUCCACAGCCGCAAGAUCUUCUCCUCCCGGGAUGCCACGGCCAGCUGUGGGUGUCCCCGCUGUCCCCUCGCCCCGCUGCUCCUGCUGCCCCUGCUCGGCCCCUUCUUGUCUUCCCUUUAG